UCAUUACCAAGCGUAGCGUGAAGUGAAAGUAAUCCACUGUGCAUUUCGGAAGAGAAAGAAAGCCAUAGCGAAAAAGAUUACAAAGAAAGAAGAGAAACCCUUCAAAUUUCCUAACUUAAAUCCCAAAAAACGACACCAAUCAACAACCCUUCUCCAAAGAUUUCAUCUUUCCAAACAAAUUUCUUCAAAUUUCAUUCUGUUCUGUACAAAUGCGUGUUCCCCAAUUUCUCAUAAUUUUUACACCAAUUUCAGAAUUUUAACAUAAAGGGUUUGGGAAAAUGAAGGAGGAGAAAGAUGAAGGUAAGGCAAGUUCAUCAUCAUCGAGUUCAUACAAUUGGUUGGCUAAUUUUCAUAGAGAUUUAUUGGCUGGUGCUGUUAUGGGUGGAAUUGUUCACACAAUUGUUGCACCAAUUGAAAGAGCAAAGCUUUUGUUACAAACCCAAGAGAGUAAUUUGGCUAUUGUUGGAAGUGGAAGAAGGAGAUUCAAGGGAAUGUUUGAUUGUAUAGCUCGUACGGUUAAGGAAGAAGGGAUUAUUUCAUUGUGGAGAGGCAAUGGAAGUAGUGUUAUUAGAUAUUACCCUUCUGUUGCUCUCAAUUUCUCUCUUAAGGAUUUGUAUCGAAACAUGUUAAGAAGCGGAAACUCAACGUCCGGUCAUUUUGCUUCGGGUGCAUCAGCCAAUUUCAUUGCUGGAGCUGCAGCCGGUUGCACCACGUUAGUCCUUAUAUACCCUCUUGACAUCGCUCACACUCGCCUUGCUGCAGAUAUUGGGAGGAACGAUGUUCGCCAAUUUCGUGGCAUAUGUCAUUUUCUCACAACCGUUGGUAGGAAAGAUGGUGUUCGGGGGAUCUACCGUGGCCUUCCCGCCUCCCUACAUGGAAUGAUCAUCCACCGAGGUAUCUACUUUGGGGGAUUUGACACAAUGAAGGAGAUGAUGUCCAACGAAUCCAAACCCGAGGUGUCACUCCUCAAGCGAUGGAUAGCUGCUCAGGCGGUGACAACGACAGCAGGGAUGUUGUCAUAUCCGUUGGAUACCGUUCGUAGGCGAAUGAUGAUGCAGUCGGGGCUCGAAACACCCAUGUAUCGCAACACGUGGGAUUGCUGGAGGAAGAUUUAUAAGACAGAGGGAGUGGUGUCGUUUUAUCGAGGCGCGGUUUCUAACAUUUUUAGGAGUACAGGUGCUGCUGCCAUCUUGGUUUUGUAUGAUGAGGUGAAAAAGUUCAUGAACUGGGGUAGAUUGUAGCAGAGGAAAUCCAGUUUUUUUUUUU